CAGCGCUACGUUCCCCGCGGAUAUAUGCGUGGGCUGAGUCGUGACUCGGGCCCGGGUCCUGCGAGUGACGCGCUCGCUUCGCUCCUCGCCCCGCACCGGCGGGAGAGGCAGGCGGCUCUAAUAUCUGAUUCCGCGGGCAGCGGGCGGCCGGCGGCCGCGGCGCCCUGGACAGCCCGGGGGUCCGGGUACCGCCAUGGAACCGGAAUAGGAAGAGAGCGCACCCACCGGCCCUGGGCCUCCACCGAGGGCCGGAAGGAAUCCGGGCGGCCUCCGCGGAGAUGUUUUCCAGGACUAAUACAGCUGAUGAAAUACCUGCCCUUUUCUGCCCAAGAGCUUGAUUUAAUUGAUUUUUUUCCCCGUAAGUUUGGGAAGUCAGAAAAUCAGAAUUUAUCAUAAUAAGAAGUAAUAGUUUGAGUAUUCAAGGACAAUAGCCAUUUGACUUUGGUUAUUCAGUAUGCAGAAAAGACAAGGAUAUUGCAGCUAUUGCUGUGUGCGCUAUUAUAAUCUGGAAAAGCAUAUGUCCAGUGCCCAGCACAGACACUUGACCUCACAGAGCAGACAGCGGAUGUGUACCAGUAGUUUGAUGGAACGCUUCUUGCAGGAUGUACUGCGGCACCACCCGUACCAUUGUCUAGAAAGCAGAUCAAUGCAACAUGAGAGACUUCUUAGGAAUACUGCGUCACCUCUUGGAGUGGCCCCUACUGAUGAUUAUUUUCCAGAAGAAACGACUGAAGAUGCUACUGGAGUCAGAGGAGAGAGAUCCACCAAGGGUUUUGAACCUACUAAAGAGUUAUAUUCUAGACCUAGUAAAUCUCAGGAAUGUAAACAGGAUGUUUCAAUUCGACCAUCAGUUAUUCAAAAACUGGAGAAGGGGCAGCAGCAGCCCUUGGAGUUUGUUCAUAAAAUUGGGAGUGGUAUGAAAGAAUUCAAUCCAGUAGGUAUUGGUCAAGCUACAAAUAGACAAAACUUAAUAUAUCCUUCAGUGAUUUCUAAUGCUCCUGCUAGUUGUUUACCUGAAAGGUCUUCUGAUAGACCAGUUGCAACUAAAACCACUGUGUUACCACUAGCAGCCCCUUUGGAGUCAGUUAUCAAAUGUGACCCAAACAAAGUUGACAGAUACCUUGAACAGCUAGACAGGGACUCCAGAAAUCCUAUACUACCAUCCCAUCCAGAAACUUCAUCAGUUCCAUAUCAGAAACCUAAAGAAUCAAAUAGGAAAUCUCUAUGUAUAAAGUCAGAUAAAUUAAUUAUGCAGGAAGAUAGGAAAUCAUGGGCUAAACCUUUGUCAACUGGCUUUAAAUCCCGUGAAUAUAUGGGUACUGAGGGUUCCUUAAAAUUUGAAUCGCUUUCCAAAUUAGCAGAAAACCCAGCAAUUAACCUUAAUAAAACUGACCUGCCUUCUAAUAGAGGAAUCUGUGAAGGUACAAUUCCAAAGCACCAUGAGAAAUUCUUUCCUAAUGUGGAUCGUACCCAAGAAGAAAAGCAUUUGGGUUUUAACAAGUCAGCCUUUUUGGAACAGAAGAGCUCAGUGAGCUCUGAAAUGAAGUUUGCUUGUGGCUCUCUUCAGUCAGUAUCUUGUCAACCCGAAGAGGCUGUACAAGACCUUUGGAAGGAGGAGCAAAUUGACCAAGAAGAUAAGAACUAUGAAUCGAGAGAUUCUGAAAUGAGUUUUGAUUGCAGUUCCUCUUUUCAUUCACUGACUGACCAAUCUAAAGUGACUGCCAAAGAAAUAAACCUUUCAAAGGAAGUGCAUGCUGACUUACAGCAUAGGAAUAUUAAAUCUUGUCUUUCUGAAAUAAGUUCUCAUCAUGACGGCUCUCUCCAUUUAGCUACCAACCGGACUCGAGUAAUUGUAAAAGAUGUAAGUGUUCAGAAGGCAAAGCCUAUUAGCCUGGUUGAUGAAAGCUAUGAAUCUAGUGAUUCUGAGGUUAAUUUUGGUUGUGAUGCCUCACCUCAGUCAACUGAUGAUUACCCCCAACAACCUGUGAAAGAAGUAAACGUUCCUAAGGAGGUACACGUUGGCUUGGUUGAUAAGAACUAUGGAUCUAGUAGCUCUGAAAUAAGUGUUGAUUCUGUUUUCCCACUCCAGCCAGUGGUUGAACGACUCCCAGUGGUUGUCAAAGCCACAAAACUUCAGAAAGUUCAUGUUGGCUUGGUUGAUAAGAGCUAUGGAUCAAGUUGUUCUGAAACAAGUUUUGAUUAUGAUGUUUCUCUUCAGUCAGUAGUUGGUCACUCCCAGUUGGCUUCCAGAGACAGAAACCUGAAGGAUAGGCACGUCUACCUGAAAGAUAAGAAGAAACAUAAGUCCAGUUGUGAUAAAGCAUAUCUUCAUUGUGAUUGUCUCUCUCCUGAGACAGUGACUGAUGAACCUCAGAGUGCUGUUGAAGAAAUAAAUCUUCUGAAAGAGAAGAAUGACUGUGAAUCUCAAGGUACUGAAAUGAGUUUUCAUACGGAUGCUCAGAUAGCAGCUGACCCUCAAGAAAUAGCCACUGACCUGGAGAAUAAGAGUGUUAAAUCUAGCAUUUCUUGUCUAAGUUUUGAAUCUCAUGCUUCCCUUUCUCAUUCAGCUAAUGAUCAAUCUCAAGGCUCACUGGGUGAAAUAAAUCUGAAAAAGGUAAAUGUUGACAUGGAUGUUAAGAGCUAUGGGUGCUCCAGUUCUGAGUUGACUUUUGAUUCUGAUCCGCCUCUUCUGUCAGUUACUGAGCAUUCUGAGCUGAAUGUUGGAGAGAUAAGAAAAGAUCACUUUAACUUGGAAAAUGUAAGCUGUGAGUCAAAUUGUUCUGAAAUAACUUUUGAUUCUGAUAUUCCUCUUCGCUCACUAGGUGGCCAGUCUCAAGAAGCUGUUUAUGGAGAGGAACCUCUUGAUCUGGAAACUAAGAGUAAUGCAUCUUGUGUUUCUGAAAUAACUUUUGAUUCUGAUAUACCUCUUCAUUCAGGGACUGAUCAACCUGAAGUAGCUGUUAAAGAAAUAAUCACUCCGAAAGAAGAGUAUGUACAAUUAAGAAGGAAGAAUGAUCAACGCGAUGGUUCUGAAAUAAGUUUUGAUUCUUAUGUCCAUCCUUAUUCAGUGACUGCGCCUCCUGAAGUAGCUGUUAAAAAGAUAAAACUUCAAGAAGAAGAGCAGGUACACUUAGAAAGUAAGGAAAAUGAACCUAGUGUUUCUGGAUUAGGUUUGGGUUAUAAUGUUUUUCAAUCAAUGACUGGACAUUCUCAAGAUCUCAGAAUAAACCUUCAGAAAGAAGAGCACAUACACUUAGAAAAUAAGGGUAGUGAACCUAGUGUUUCUGAUACCAGUUUGCAGUCUGAUAUUUCUCUUCAUUUAAGAGCUCAUCAUCCUGACAUACCUGAUAGAGAAAUAAGCCAUCAGAAAGAACAUGUAAACCUAGAAGAUAAGGGUAAUAAAUUAAGUGUUUCUCAAACAAGUUUGAAUUCUAAUAUUCCUCUUCAGUCAGUCAUUCAUAAGCAUGAAGUAAGUGUUAAGGAAAAAUGGCUUCAAAAAGAAAAGCAUGUUAAGUUCAAAGGGGAAAGGGCUGAAUUUAGUGGUUCUGAAAAAGAUUUAGAUUCUGCUGCCCCUCAUUAUUCAGUGACUGAUCCUCAAAUUGCUGCUUCUGUUGCCUCUCAUUUUUCAGUGACUGGACCUCAAAUUGCUGCUUCUGCUGUCCCUCAUUAUUCAGUGACUGAACCUCAAAUUGCUGCUAAAGAGAUAAAUGUUCAGAAAGAAGAAUAUGAUAUUCUAGAAAACAAGAAUGACAAUUGUAGUGGUCCUACAGUAAUUUUUGAUUCUGGUGUCCCUCCUCAGUCAAUGACUGAAAAACCUCAAAUAGUUGUUUUGAAAGAGGACCAUGUUGAUCCAGAAAGUGAAAAUACUGAAUCUAGAAGUUUUGAGACAAAUUUGGGUAUUGAUGCCCCUCUUCAUUCAGCCAUUGACCAGUCUCAGCUAGCUCUUUUGAAGGAAAAAAACAUUGAUCUGGAAACUACAAAAACUACAUCUAGUAAUUACAAAAUAAGUUUUGGUUCUUUUGAUCCUCUUCAGCCAUUGUCUGAACAAUUUCAGGAAGAGGCUGAAAAAACAGGCCUCCAGAAGGGAGAGGAUAUUGGCUUGGAAAGUAAGGCUGAUGAACCUAGUGGUUCUAAAUUAAUACAUGGUUCUGGUGUUUCUCUUCAGCCUGUGGCUGAUCAACCUGACAUAGCUGUUAAGCAAAUAAACCUUGAGAAUGAAGGUCAUGUGUACUUGGAAGAUAAGAACAGUCAAUAUAGUGGUUCUGAAAUGAGUUUGGAUUCUGAUUUCUUGGUUCAGUCAAUAGUUGAUCAACCUCAAAUAACUAUUUUGGAGCAGGAACAUAUGGAACUAGAAGAUAAGGACAGUCAGUCUGGUGGUUCUGAAAUGAGUUUUGAUUCUGAUGACCCUCUUCAAUCAGUGGCUGACCAACUUAGAGAAACUGUUCAAGAAAUAAGCCUUUGGAAGGACGAAGUUGACGUGGAAGACAAGAGGGAUGAAUCAAAGGGUUUUGAAAUUACGUAUGAUUCUGAUGUCCUUUUUCAAUCAGUGGCUGGCCAAACUGCAGAAGUUGGUAAAGAGGUCAACCUUUGGAAGGGGCAUGUUGACUUGGAAGAUAAGAUUGUUGCACCUGGUGAUUCUAAAAUAAAUUUUGACUCUAAUCAACCUCUUUCAUCUGUGGCUAAUGAAAUUCAGGAGGCUAUUACAGAAAUAAAUCUUCUGAGGGAGGGACAAGUUUGUCUGGAUGAUAAAGGCUAUGAACCCAAUGGUUCUGAAAUAAUUUAUGUUUCAGAUGUCCCUCUUCAGUCAGUAGUUCAGCAACCACACAUUUUGGAAGAGGAACAUGCCAAUUUGGAAGAGAAGAGCAGUGAUCUGUGUGGUUCUGGAAUGAGUUUUGCUUCUGGUGGUCCUCUUCAGUCAGUGGCUGACCAGCUUCAGAAAACUGUUAAAGAAAUAGGUCUUUGGAAGGAAGACCACAUUUACCUGGAAGAUAAGACCUAUAAACUAGGUGAUUUUGAAGUAAGCUGUGAUUCUGAUACUCCCGUUCAUUUUGUGGCUGGUCAGUCUUCAGUGGCUAUCAAAGAAAUACACUUGGAAAAGAAGGAUCAGAAUGACCUAGAAAGUGAGACCUGUGAACCAGGUGUUUCUGAAAUAAAAUGUGGUUCUUGUGUUCAUCUUCAAGUUGACCAACCUCAAGUGGUUUGCAAAGAAAUACACCUUCCGAAGAAACAGCAUCUUGGCAUGGAAGAAAAGACCAGUGAACCUAGUGAUUCGGAAAUGUGUGAUUCUGAUAUCCCUCUUCAAAUAGUCGUUAACGAAGGUGAUGUGACAGUCAAAGAAGCCAAUCUUGAAAAGAUGCUAUAUGUGGACCUGGUGACCCCUGAUAGUGAUUGUGAAAUGAUUGCUGAUUCUGAUACGGCUUUUCAGCAAGUGAUUGACUCACCUCAAAUGACUGUCAAGGAAAUCAGCUGUAUAAAUACAGAAAGUUUUAAUCUAGAAGGUGUGAGCUAUGGCCCUUGCGGUGCUGAACUAGGAUACAUUUGUGAAGCCACUCCUCAGUCAGUGACAAACCCAUCCAAAGACACUUUCAAAGUAGUAAACCAGAAGAAAGACUAUAUUAUUCUGGAAGAGUCAAGCUGUGAGCCUUAUGGUUCUGAAAUAAGUUUUCAAAUUGAUCCAUCUUAUCAGUCCAUGACCUACCAAUCUCAAGAGCCUGAAGAAGAAACAGUGAAAUAUUUUCACUCAGAAGAUACAAGCUGUGCAUCUAGUAGUUCUAAAAGAAAUCUUGAAUGGAAAGACACUCCUCAGCCAGUGACUCGCCGACCACAGAAAGCUGACAAGAAGGUCUACUCUUGGAAAGAUGGGAAAAAAAAAAAAAACCUAAAAGGUAAGAAAUGUGUAUCUAGUGUUUCUGCGAUGGAUUGUAAUGCUGCUCCUAAGUCAACAAUCCAUCAAGUUGCUGAUAAAGAAAACCUUUUGAAAUUAAAACAUACAGAUAUAGAAAGUAUGAGCUGUGAACCUUCUGGUUCUGGGAUGAAUUUUCAGCGUGAUCCCUCUCUUCCAUCUGACUCUGACCGAACUCAAGAAACUAUUAAUAAAACAGAACUAUCUAAGAUGUCGUCUGACCGUAAAGAAACAAACCGUGAUUCCCAUUCAAGCUCUAUUCCCGUGGUUGAUUGUGUAAGGAACCCAGAGGAAGCAAAGGAUGUUGUAGAAGACAAUUCUGAUGAACCGGUUCUUGAAGCCUUGCCUCAUGUCCCUCCUUCAUUUGUGGGGAAAACAUGGUCUCAAAUAAUGAGAGAAGAUGACAUGAAAAUUAAUGCUCUUGUGAAGGAAUUUAAGGAAGGCCGUUUCCACUGUUACUUUGACGAUGACUGUGAGACCAAGAAAGUAAAAAAAAAAAAUUCAAAUGAAGGAAAAAAGAUUACCUGGGCUGACCUCAGUCAGGGCAUUGCAUCCAUUCAAAUUUUUUCGGACUGUGAUGAUAAUGGAGGUGGUAAUUCAGAUACUGAUGACUUUUCAGUGGCCUUAGAUAAACCUACCCAUCAUCCUAUAGCAAAGAAGCCUUAUGAACAAAAUUUGCAAGUGACUUCUCGAUGCCAAGCUGCAAAAGUCAGCCAUGGAACUCAAACCAAUCUCAUGGAUAAUUUGGGAAAGAAAAGAAGAAGAGGAGAAGAGGCAGACUUGCCAACAAGGAAGCGAUCACCCGCACAGAAGGACAAACAGUCAAAGAGGAGAGUCAAAAUAGGAACACUUGAAUUUCCAGAAUCAUGUACUACAGUUUUGAAGCCUUUGCAACCCAAUGCCUUAGUCUAUGUUCUUUCUUCAAAUAUGAAACUGAAGAUUGGUGAACCCUUCAAUUUAUCUCACAUAAAGCACCGCCAUGGCAAAAAUAGUCGGGAGGUUACUGUACACUACAAAUAUAAACGGAGUCCCCUUAAUUAUUAUGACCCAGUGAGUAAUCAAAUUGUAAGUAAUCCUCCUGUGAACAGAGAAGUGCCAGAGUCUGACAGGGAUAACCUGGUUCAAAAUGAUUUUAGUGACCUAAACUCCAGUGCAGAAGAUAACACUCAUGUACAAAGCCCUGCUUCAGAAACUUUGAUGACGUGGUCGGUAAGAGAUGAAUUGACGGGAAAUCAAGGGGCUAGUGUAUGUUCUGAGUUACCAGGAAAAUCAGAGACUUUGAAUUCUGGUGAAGUUCCAAAGGAAAACAGUACACAGUCAACUCUUGUAGAUCACGACACAGCCCAAACCUCUCCAAAAUCAGUUAGAAAUAAGAUUUUAGAACGUAAAAAGAAAAUUCAGAGAAAGAAGAUGACAGCUAAUAACAAGCUAGAUUUUCCCAAAAAGGCUUCCAGACAAAUUAUUCUCCAGCAAAAAACCAGAAUCGCUUCAGAAAAAGAGUCAAUUUGGAUUCAUACCAAACUAAAUGAUGUAAUUAGAAAAUAUAUUCCAAAAUACUCCAUUUUUUUGCGUCACAAAUACCACCACUCCAGGAGCACUUUUGUUAGAAUGCAAUUUAGGAAGAAAAAACCUUGUGUCAGUAAGAUAAAGGAGGCAAAGAAACCAGCCCAAAAGCUUUCAGACUCCUCAGUUCCAUCAACUGAUGCAGAAGAGCCCUUAAACUCUAUAGCAGACUAUUCCCCCAAGCAACUUGCGGAGGAUUCCUCCAGUGUUGAAGAAAGAAAGAAGAAUGGUAAUAACAAACGUCAUAGGAAAAAAAAGAGAAAGCAUUUUAAGCCUGUUAAAAUAUAUGCUUUGAGAAGUUUAAGUGCUCAAAUACCAUAUUCUGAUAGGAUGAGGACUCGGGUACCAAAGAAGUCAUGAGGUAAACUGGAAGUGUUUGGUUUCAGGCUAGUUGAGGAUUUGGUACUGCAAGUGAAAUACAUUUGGUACUUAGUAUACAUAGCUCUCCCAACUUUGGUGAAAAAAGUAACCUUCAACUAUUUUGCUAUAGACAUUAUUUUUCAGAAUUUUUAUAUUCAUUUAAAGUUAGUGUUUAAAGUCCUUUUCUUUUAAAGAUUCAAAAGCACCCUUUGUCCAUUUGCUAUAGACCUUCACCUUAAUUUAUAUCACAUAAUUUAGCACAACAUAUACAGUUUUCUCCCUCAGGUCAUGUCCCUCUUAUUUAUUUUUUAUGAUUGUGUCUCAUGUCAGGUUAUAA